AGCGCAUACGAAGGCGUUCUAUUGUGCGCUUUGUUCAGUCCGACAACAAUGAGAGGGUUAUUUUAGGCAGGCUGUUUGCUUCAACGAAAUAAAUCUCGCAUGCGCCUGUUUGUCUUUCUCACAAUCAUUCCGCUUCACCGGUUGCAAGUUUGCCAGCCCUACAGGACCGUAUCCGUUUAAUACCCAGCGCGCUGCCUAAAUUCAAUCCGACAGACUCAGCAUGACAGCCCGAAAUCAAAUUCACGCAGUCGCUCAGACUCCCGAGCUCAUCCUCUCCGACCCGGAAGACGACUAUGCAUCCAGCGACGAGGAGAUGCCAGACCGUGAGGAGAUGGAUGGCUUGCUGAGACAAGCACACCACUAUGUGAUCACAGAGGGAGGCAGCGAUUCGCCAACAACAUACAUGGAACGUAUUCAGCGCAUCGACCAAAGUCUUAUACAAGAGAUAGCGGAUUACAACUACGACUGCGACAGAAAACUGUGCCGUCGCGUCAAACAAAAGAUCGACCAUGUCAUGCGUGAGUACGAGGAUGCUGUAGACGAUGACUCUUACGGGCAUACCUUUCCCAAGUACCAUGCCACCGCAGCAAAGAGUGCUCUGUAUCGCAAAUAUUCCCAGCCUACGACCCCUGACGGCCGACCUGUACAACUUGAUGAGAAGGAUAGCAAUAAGGAUGAACUGCAGAGGACGUAUCUCUACGGAGGUCCUGAUAACCACCCCGAAAAUUGGUACAAGAAGACCGCAGGAUCUCUGCCAUUCCCAGAGACCAUCCGUAUGGCUGAGUGGGAGAGCUUGAGAAUCCACUGGGAUCUUGCCACAACAGGUGACAUGGAUAACAAAGCUCCCGUGACUUUCAAUGGUGUGUCGUUCAACGACUCCCGCCUCAAACGCCUCAACCACCUCAAGCGAUACGAGUCCGGCUCAAGGUUCGAGCUAACUAAGCCUGACCCGAACCAUAUCGCGAUGAUCAAUGAGUUCUGUACUGUUGGUAGACUCCGCAACGCUGUCGAUACGUUCAACCGUAGCAACGACUCCAGACGGGAGGACGGGGAGUACGAGUACGCUCCACGAGUCUUCCUCGAGAGACUGGAUAUUGGCCCGCAAGUCAGUCCCGCGGACGAGUUGCCAUCCGAAGUGGAACAAUCAGAGCAUGAGCCUGAGCUACCUGACAUCAACCACAUCGUUGAUGAUGUCCGCAAGGUUGUGAACACAACACCCUCUAAGCCUCGUCAUAGUCCGUCGUCCAAUUCAGCACCUGAAGUGUUAUCAGCGAUUCGCCGCAUCAAGGCCGCAACCGACGACUCCAUCCUAUCGUCGGACAUCCCGCAGAGCCCACCUGCGCUUUCUGGCACAAAUCAAGCAGCCCCUACCAAGAAGCCUCGCCGUUCUCCAGGCAACAUCCCGGCGACACAGAAACGCAAGAGAGGUAGCGAGAUAAAUGUCGAAGUCGAGACAGUGUCUGCGAAGCGUGUGCGGGCCACAACAGAGCCAGUCAGACCCCGCACACCUACCAUCACUUCGCCAUCAGAACUCCUGCACACACCAGUCGUUACACCCGCAUUGAGCAUGGGAUCUGCAUCAGCCAGCUCCACGGCAUCAUCGCCGCCCAUCGCCAAAGCAAUUGCUGCAGGCAAGAAGCACAGGAAGAUCCGCACGAAGAAGGAUUUCGAGGAGCGCGUUACGCCGGAGAAGUACUCGCAGAUCAUGGCGCAGAGGAGAAGUGUCAAGGCGCAGGGCCACGAGAGCGUGGCGAGAGGGAGCACAAGAAGUGGCAAGUUGCGCAAGUAGAUGUAUACUUAGACUUAGAUCACUAGACGUUCGCUCUUUCAGAUUCCGUUUGUAUUGUACUCCAGCUGUAGACUAUCAAAUAAUCUUGGUUCAGUUU